UGGCCUCAUCCUCUCCCUGGUCCUCCCAGGUGACUGCCCACGCCUGCUGUCACCAUGACGACCAUUCACCACAAGCAGAUGCUGCAGGAGCACGUGUCCAUGGAGUUCUCCAGCUCUGCCACCCACCAGCAGACCUUCUCCCAGACAACCAAGAUAGUGGGAGAGCAAGUCGUGUCGAGGAAGUCCUCGGGCACUGCAGAGUUCUUCAACUUGGUGACACGGAGCUCCGACGUCUUGCGGGCGGGAGAGUCGGAGUUCGUGGAGAAGCCUCAGCCUGUCCUCGCGUCCGAGGGCGAUAAAGGCGUGUUCCGAGCCCGGGUGCAGAGGAACCCCAAACCCGACACCUCCUGGAAGAGGGAGAGCGGCAUCCCCAUCAAGGAGUCCGCCAAGAUAUUCUGCGACAGCAUGAACAAGGAGCACGUGCUGAAGCUGGAGCCACUGACCUCCGUGGACUCGGACAACUACAAGUGCGUUGCAAGCAAUGACCAUGCAGAUGCCAUCUAUACCGUGCCCUUGCUGGUGACAGAGGGUCAAGAUAGAAUGGAUUUCAAAAAGCUGUUGAAAAAGAGGGUUCCUCCUGCUCCCAAAAAGCAGAAGGUGACAAAUGAGAAAGAGAUGCUGGAGAUUUUGUCCAAGGGGCCCAAGAAGGACUUUGAGAAGGUCUGCAUGGAGUAUGGUUUCACCGACUUCCGGGGGCUGCUCAAGAAGCUCAAAGAGAUGAAGAAAGUGGAGGUGGGGGCCAUCCGGAUUCUGAAGCCCCUGGAAGACAGAGAGACCAAGGUUGACACCACAGUGGUCUUUGACUGCAUCAUGGAGCUGAAGGACCCCCAUGUCAAGAUGAUAUGGAUCAAGGGUAACGAGCCACCGAGGAUCGAGUGCUCCCCGGACAAGUACGAUGUGAAGCAGAUAGGCACCAAGCACAUGCUGGUCAUCACCAACGUGAACAUGAAUGACGCAGGCACCCACAGCCUGUGUGGUGACAAGCUGAUGAGUGCCCAGCUCACAGUGCUGGAUGAGCCGCUGAAGUUCUUGGGACAGACGAAGCCAAUGAAGGUGACAGAGUGCCAGACAGCUGUGUUUGAGAUCUGCCUCUCCAAGAAAGUGCCCAACUUUGUGUGCAAGUUCAGUGGGAAGGAGCUGAAGAGGGAUGAAAAGUAUGAAAUCACAGUGUCCGAGGAGGGUCUGACCCACAGGCUUAAGAUUAAAGAUGCCAGACUCAGUGACAGUGGUGAGUUCUCUGCCGAGGCGGGGGACCUGGUACAGAAGGCCCAGCUCCCUACUGACCGCAUCCGCAUCAAGUUUGUGAGCACCCUCAAGAAUGUAUGUGUGAAAGAGAGGAGCCAGGCAUGCCUUGAGUGUGAGCUGACAUCCAAGGAUGUGACACUGAGCUGGAAGAAGGAUGGGUGGCUGCUGGAGCAUGGCAACAAGUACAGCAUGAACCACGAGGGCAAGCGAGCAGAGCUGGUCAUUGAAGAUGCACAGCUCAGUGACAGUGGCGAGUACACCAUGGUGGCCAUGCAGGAUGGGGACCCCACUGAAUACAACAGUACUGCCACAGUCACCGUGGAGGAGCGUCUGGGCACGGUGAAGAGCAGGAUGUCCGACUUGCAUGUGGCCACCGGGAGCCCUGCUGAGCUGUGUGUAGUGCUGAACAAUGAGAAGGUGGAGGACGUGUGGCUAAAGGAUAGCAAGGAGAUCACAGACUUGCCCGGUGUGCAGAUCGUGAAGCAGGGUGCGGUGCACAAACUCAUCUUCCCCAACAUGGGCCCCGAGCACGAGGGCAAGUACACAUUCCGGGCCAAGGCUGCAGAGAGUGAAACCUCGGUAUUCGUUGCAGAUCCUCCUACCCUCGACCCGUCGCGGCUGGAGGCACCGGCAGCAUACCCCGUGACCGUGAAGGUGGGCCACACGGCGACCAUCAAAGUGCCCUUCCAGGCAAAGCCACUGCCCAAAGUGAUGUGGUACAAGGACAGCGUGGAGGUGACAGAGGAGGCACUCGUGUCCAUGGAGCGCGAGGAAGACCAGGCGCUGCGCAUGAUUUCAAACUGCGUGUGCGAGGACAAUGGCCUCGUUAUGCUCAAGCUCAAGAAUGACUACCGUUCGGCCACAGCCACUCUGCACCUCAGCGUGCUUGACCGCCCCAAGCCUCCCCAGCGCUGGGUGGAGUUCCUGGAGCUCUCGGGCAGUUGUGUGCACAUGAAGUGGAAGGCCCUGAAGGACAAUGGCGGGUGGCCUGUGACACAGUUCAUCGUGGAACGCAAGGCGGUCAGCAAGAAGGCCUGGAUUAAGAUAGGCAAGGUGGACAGCAAACUCACCUGAUUCUCCACCAGCGAGGUGGAAAAGGGAAAAGCCUACCAGUUUCGUAUCCUGGUGGUCAUUUUGGAAGGAGUGAGCGACCCUCUGGAGACAGACAAAGUGUUUGCGGGAAAUCCUGUUGGUCAGUCAGAUAGCCCUGUGCUCAGGGGUCAGGAUGGGGCCUUCAGCCAGCGAGGAAGGCUGGUCUGUGCGGAAUUCCACAGGGGCAUGUCUCUAGCUAAAUCAUCCCCAAUUCAAGUGAGAGUGAUACUGGAAGAUUUUCCACAGCCGCACACAAACCUACAGCUGUUUGAGGAGGUCCCCAACACAGUGACUUUGACCUGGAACCACAAUCCCGACCUGAAGGAGGACAGUGAUGCCCACUAUGUCAUCCUGAAGCAGGAUGCCAGCACAGCCACCUGGUUCACUGUGGCCCAUCAGGUCUUCAGCACCAAGUAUGCGGUGACGGGCCUGCUCCCGGGCAGUAGUACUUCACUACUACGAGUGGUGGCCUGGCACGAAAUUGGUGACAGCGACCCACUCGACUCCAGGGAUACCUGGCUCAUCAACAAGGACAAGAUCGAGGACCUGAGCGCCAAGCUGAAGCCGUACCAGCCGAGGGACUGGCGCCACGCGCCGCGCUUCCUGACCCUGCUCAAGCGGCACGCGGUGCUGCGCGGCCAGGACUGCACCAUGACCUGCGUCUUCCUUGGGAACCCGCGGCCCACGGUGACCCUCUACAAGGGCGACGUCAACAUCACGGCCAUCUCCAAGUUCUGGUACAGCUCCACCAGGGGCGUGUGCACAAUCGUCAUCCCCACCGGCACGCUCAAGGACAGCGACAAAGAUGAUAAGUCAAUUCCAGCAUCAGUCACUGAGAGUCUGCAGAAGAAAUCCAAGUAUCUUAUGGGAGCUCCAGCCCCACCCACGCAUCAGGAGAAUGUUGUGAUGUGGGGCUUCAGUGAGGGAGGCCCAGUGUGCUCUGUGGUGCUUGUCAAUGCAGUCAGUCAGUGAAGGAAUGGGACAAUAAACAGACUGAUCUCACCCUUGCCUGUUCCUGAAUGUGGUGUACAGCAGGCACCAAGGAGAUGGACUUGGGAGUGGGAUGGGGAUACACAGAACCUGGACCCCUGAGAGCUUGGUGCAAACCCACCCACAUGGGGAGUGACAAGCCCCCUUUCACUGGGCCUUGACUUGCCCUCCCCCACUCCCCAGCCACACUGCAUCCUCCCCUCCUCUCAGGGCAUAGGGGGCAAGUCUUGCCAGCUUCAUCCUUCUCUCCAUCAUGCUCCCUCCCAUUUCCUCACACCAGGUAGGUCUAUCUUCAGAGUUCUGGGGUUUGAAGGGAUCAGGAGGGAUCAGGACCUUGCCUCUCUAGUGUACAGGGUUCCCACUGUUUGAGAAUUAGAGCAUCUUAGAGCUAGAAGAGCUUGGUCAUCCAGCUCACUAGGUUUCAAACUUGUUUUGCAGUGGAAUCCUUCCUUAAAAAAAAGAUCUUAAGAAGCUACUGGACUUGAAUCAAGGAUAGGGGGGUCUUUAAGCCUCCCUCCUCUACUUACUCUUUUGCCAUCUCCCACCAGGGAUCUCUGUAAAAACCCUAGUGUGAAAAUCACUGAUUCAUCCAACACCCACAUGGGACCUGAGUCUCCUCUCUCACAUCCCCCCAACUGUACUGCCCCUCUACUGAUGGCAUGUUUGCCACCACCCAAUGCUUCCUUUCCUACUCUGGCUCAGGGCACUGCCCAUUAAGAUGCAAAUGCCCCUGGAGUGAGGUGACACAUUAUUCUGCCAGGGCUUCACAUCUAAAGUAUGAAUCAGCAAAUCGAAUCUCAUUCCUCCCAGCCGUUCAACCGAGACCAGAGCCCAGGGAGAGAGGAGAUGCUUGAAGGAAAUCUGGAUCAUUCUGGGGCAGGCAACAGGUCUGGGGUGGGGAGGGGAGAAGGUAGGCAGCAGUACAGGACACUGGGUAACUAAGUCACCAAAGGUGCUGGGCACUCGUGCACAGGGAGUGUAUCAAGGACAAAUGUGGACGGUGGCAAAUACUACUACCCAUCCUCCUGAACUACAUCCUUACCCACACACAAGACCAGGGAAGUGAGACCCACACCAACCAGCACAGUGUCACCAGAGCCAUGGUGCCAAGACG